GUUUCAAGCGUCUUCUCCCGGCGUCCCUCCCAGACUCGUCCCUGGGCUAGAUCUCCGGUAGAUUCUCUGGUUUCCAGACUAGAGGGCGGGCUCCGCCCAGGAGUUACGUUGGCUCCAUCCACUGCCGGCCUCCUUGCCCCAGUUGCGGGGACCCUGAAGCCCCCAGGCCAGUGGGGACCGACCUCUCGAGUUCGAGUCCACAUCUUCACCUGUGUCAGACACUGCAGAGGCAGAAGAAGGGAUUUGGGUGAAGGCACUCGGCCUGGGCCCCCUAUCCAGCUGGGGGGACCUCGGAACCCAUCAAGGAGGUGCAAAGUAAGAAAACUGAAGUCAAAGACCAUGGGAGAUGCAGCAAAACCUUAUUUUGUGAAGCGUGCUAAAGACCGAGGGAUUAUAGAUGAUGAGGAUUUUAGAAGGAGUCACCCUCAACAAGAUUAUUUGAUAAUGGAUGAUUAUACUAAAGGCCAUUGCAGUAAAAUGGAAAAAGGCCUUCCCAAGAAAAAAAUACCCCCAGGAAACUAUGGAAAUACCCCUAGAAAAGGACCAUAUGCUGUUUCCAGCAAUCCAUAUGCAUUUAAAAAUCCAAUUUACAGUCAACCUGCUUGGAUAAAUGACAACCACAAAGAUCAGAGUAAAAGGUGGCUAUCUGAUGAAUUUGCUGGUAAUGCAGAGAGUUGGAGAGAAUACAAACAAGGACCUAGAAUUCCUGUUAUAAAUCGACCAAGAAAAGACUCCUUUCAAGAAAGUGAAGAUGGUUAUAGGUGGCAAGAUGGAAGAGGCUGUAGGACUGUAAGACGACUAUUUCAUAAAGACCUGACAAGCCUAGAAACGAUGUCAGAAGUGGAAGCCGGAAGCCACGAAAACAAGAAGCAGAAGUCCAGGCCUAGGAAGCCACGGAGGAUGAGAAAUGGGGAGAGUGAGCUGGACGGAGACUUGGAGGGCCCUGUGAUUGACGAGUCUGUGCUUUCAACGAAGGAACUCUUGGGUUUACAGCAGGCUGAGGAGCGAUUAAAAAGAGACUGCAUUGACAGGCUGAAAAGGCGACCAAGAAACUACCCUACGGCAAAGUACACCUGUAAACUUUGUGAUGUUUUAAUUGAAUCCAUUGCAUUUGCCCAUAAGCAUAUCAAAGAGAAGAGGCACAAGAAAAACAUUAAGGAAAAGCAGGAGGAAGAGUUGCUCACUACGUUACCCCCGCCUGCGCCAUCCCAGAUAAAUGCAAUUGGCAUUGCCAUUGACAGAGUGGUACAGGAGUUUGGCUUACACAAAGAGAACUUGGAACAGAGACUAGAAAUUAAACGUAUCAUGGAAAAUGUGUUCCAACACAAGUUACCAGAUUGUUCUCUGAGAUUAUAUGGGUCAUCCUGUAGCAGAUUGGGUUUCAAAAAUUCGGAUGUAAACAUUGACAUUCAAUUUCCAGCCAUUAUGUCUCAGCCAGAUGUUCUCCUACUUGUUCAAGAAUGUUUAAAGAACAGUGAUUCUUUUAUUGAUGUUGAUGCAGAUUUCCAUGCUAGGGUGCCAGUGGUAAUGUGCAGAGAGAAGCAAAGUGGUCUCUCUUGUAAAGUGAGUGCAGGAAAUGAAAAUGCUUGUCUGACAACAAAUCACUUAACUGCCCUUGGAAAAUUGGAAUCGAAGCUGGUUCCUUUGGUGAUUGCAUUUAGGUACUGGGCAAAGCUUUGCAGCAUAGAUCGCCCUGAAGAAGGAGGUUUGCCACCUUACGUGUUUGCCCUGAUGACCGUUUUCUUUCUUCAACAGAGGAAAGAGCCCCUUCUUCCUGUUUAUCUGGGAUCAUGGAUUGAAGGAUUCUCACUAAAUAAAUUAGGCAACUUCAGCCUAAAAGAUAUUCAGAAAGACGUCGUGGUCUGGGAGCACACCGAUAAUGCCACGGGGGAUGCAGACACGGCAAAAGAAGAGGCAUCGAAAAAAGUACCUGUUAAAAGGGGACAGGUAUCAUUAACAUUUGAUUUAAAACACCAGCCUUCAGUACCAGUUGGGCAGCUCUGGGUGGAAUUGCUUCGAUUCUAUGCUUUAGAAUUUAAUUUGGCUGAUUUAGUCAUAAGUAUCCGAGUCAAAGAAAUGAUAUCUCGUGAAUCAAAGGACUGGCCCAAAAAGCGCAUUGCCAUUGAAGAUCCCUACUCUGUUAAAAGAAAUGUGGCAAGGACCCUAAAUAAUCAACCUGUUUUUGAAUAUAUACUUCAUUGUUUAAGGACGACAUAUAAGUAUUUUGCUCUUCCACAUAAAAGUACAAAAUCUAGCCUUCCAAAGCCUCUGAGUACUGUUACAUUUACUUCAGAACAUUCUAAAGAAGUAGCAAAGCAUGAUCCAGAUUUACAAGCAAAAAAUAAUAAACUCAAAAACUCAGUUGUGGCUCAAGGUGCCAGUGCUCCCAGUUCAGCUGCAAACACCUGCAAGGUACAGGCAGUUACUCUUAAAGAGACUGCUGGAAGCGUUGGAAGCCCACCAGCAGAGGAACCAGGGAACAGACACAGCAGUGUGCACCUGGAAAACUCAGGCUGCAGCAAGGCAGAAGUCAGCGGUGAUGAUCGUGAGGAUGUUAAUGUACAUCAUCAAGAAACGGGAAGUAAAACUGAGAGAGAAAAAAUUGGAAGGGAGGGCAAGCAUCCUUUGACUGCUGAUGCUCAAGAUUUAAGCAGUAACAAACAUGAACAGCCUCUUGUCUCUGAUAGCACACGAAAUACUGAGACAGAUAGCGGUUUGGAUUUAGAAGGCUUCCCAAAUCCUACAGCAAAAGAGUGCGAUGGGUUUGCUUCUUUAGAUAACAACAUUGAUAUUAAGCUUGAAGAAAGCAUUGAUAUUAACAACCUUGAAGAAAGCUUAGAAGGUACUGAUGAGCCAGAAGACACUUUAAGCCACUUUGCCCCUUCCAGACAGGACCAGACAUCGGGAGUCAUUCACUCUGAUGGAGAGGGGGAGGAGGAGGAUGAAGAACCCAGGCUGUCCGCUACCCGAAAAGAAGAUGAGGAUGGUGGUGCUAAUGAAGAUGGGUUAGACAAUGCCUGCACCGGGUCGGGGGAUGAGGAUGCCCUGUCUGAAGAGGAUGAGGUGGGCGAGUCUAAGUGUGAAGACUUGAAAGAAUGUGGAAAAGAUGUGGAUGGAGCUCUACUAAUGGAACUUAAUAAAAUCAAUCUUAAGGAAGAAAAUGUGUGUGAAGAAAAUUCAACUGUGGGUCCAUCUGAUUUCUUCUAUGAAUUUAGUAAACUCACUUUCACCAAAGGCAAGUCUCCUAUGGUAGUGUGCAGUUUGUGCAAACGAGAGGGUCAUCUAAAGAAGGACUGCCCUGAGGACUUCAAAAGAAUCCAGCUGGAACCUUUGCCACCAUUAACGCCCAAAUUUUUAAAUAUCCUGGAUCAAGUUUGCUUCCAGUGUUAUAAGGAUUUUUCUCCAACUAUUUUAGAAGAUCAGGCUCGCGAACAUAUCCGGCAAAACCUAGAAAGUUUCAUAAGACAGGAGUUUCCAGGAACUAAAUUGAGCUUGUUUGGCUCCUCCAAAAAUGGAUUUGGGUUCAAACAGAGUGACCUUGACAUCUGUAUGACAAUUAAUGGACUUGAAACUGCUGAGGGGUUGGACUGUGUAAGAACUAUUGAAGAAUUGGCAAGAGUCCUCAAAAAACAUUCAGGUCUGAGAAACAUCCUGCCUAUUACAACAGCAAAGGUGCCAAUUGUAAAGUUCUUUCACUUGAGAAGUGGUCUAGAAGUGGACAUAAGUUUGUAUAACACAUUGGCUCUUCAUAACACGAGGCUCUUAGCUGCUUAUUCAGCCAUUGAUCCCAGAGUGAAAUAUUUGUGUUAUACCAUGAAAGUGUUUACAAAGAUGUGCGACAUCGGUGAUGCCUCCAGAGGCAGCUUAUCGUCAUACGCGUACACACUUAUGGUGCUAUACUUCCUCCAGCAGAGGAACCCUCCAGUCAUCCCUGUCCUGCAGGAGAUAUACAAAGGUGAAAAGAAACCUGAAAUAUUUGUUGAUGGCUGGAAUAUUUAUUUUUUUGAUCAAAUAGACGAACUGCCCACCUGUUGGCCAGACUAUGGAAAAAAUACAGAAUCUGUUGGGCAGCUCUGGUUGGGACUUCUUCGUUUCUACACAGAGGAAUUUGAUUUUAAAGAGCAUGUUAUUAGCAUCAGAAGAAAAUGUAUGCUUACAACUUUUAAGAAACAGUGGACCUCAAAAUACAUUGUUAUUGAAGAUCCCUUUGAUUUGAAUCAUAAUCUUGGAGCUGGAUUGUCAAGGAAAAUGACAAAUUUUAUAAUGAAAGCAUUUAUUAAUGGUAGAAGAGUAUUUGGUAUUCCAGUCAAAGGAUUUCCAAAGGACUACCCCUCAAAAAUGGAGUACUUUUUUGAUCCAGAUGUGCUAACUGAAGGAGAGCUGGCCCCAAAUGAUAGAUGUUGCCGAAUUUGUGGGAAAAUUGGGCACUUCAUGAAAGACUGUCCUAUGAGGAGAAGAGUGAGGCGACGGCGAGAUCAGGAAGAUACCCCGAACCAAAGACACCCUGAGAACAAAGAGAAAAGAAGCAAAGAGGACAGAGAAAUUCAAAACAAGCACCCAGAGAGGGAGGUGUCUGCGAAAGAGGAAAAGCCCAUGCAGUGCACCCCUCAGAAGGCCAAGCCGGGCAAGGCCGCCAUCGACCUGGGGAGAGAGAGGACACUCAGGCCACCCGUGGAAAAGUGGAAGAGGCAGGACGACAGAGACUCGAGAGAAAAACGUUGUUUUAUCUGUGGACGAGAGGGGCACAUUAAAAAAGAGUGCCCGCAGUUCAAAGGCUCCCCAGGUAUGCUUAAAUCAGAUUGUGUAUUUGGAGUCCCUUCUUCACCUAGCCCUUUGAAACCAGCUGACACAUUUGUUCAGGCAGUGCUUUUACAUGAAGACAAAAAGAAACAAAAAGCAACUAUAUUUUUGAGUCCCCAGUCAGGUAGCCUUUCCAGUAAAUACAUGACUCAGGGAAAAGCCUUGGCGAAGAGGACCCAGCAGGAAUCAUGAGGGAAGGAAAAUGCAGCGCUCUAUAAGGCCACUCAGGCGUUCCUAAUCACUUGGAAAAUUAGGUUCAUUUCACAGGACACAGCAGCAUAGAUCAAGCUUCAACUUAACAUUGAAGGAAAAUGUCAGAUUUGUUUUUUAAUGAAUGAAAUUCUUAAUAAGGAAAAAAAUUUUAAUGUAGUCUUACCUACCACAAAUCCUCAUAGACUUAACGAUUUUAAUAGAAAGCCAUGAUGUUAUGUAUUUGAGCCAGGUUUAAAAAAACGGUGUUACUAUGGGCCAGUAUUCAGUGAAUACAAUUUCAUGGUUUUUAAUUUUCAAUUCACACUAAAAUGGUGUGUUGAUAAACCCCGAGUAAAUUAAUCCUUUCUUUCCUAUACAUCUCCCCCUUUUUUUUUGUUUUGAAGAGGGGAAGUUAUAUUUAUUGUUUACUGAAUCCUCAUGGGAAAGCGUGUCAAAUAUGUGUGAACUGCUACUACUGUAUGUACAAUUUACAAACCUUGUUUUAUUGAUAUUUGUAGAAGUGAUAACAUGAACAUGAUUACCCGUUUAUGUGAGUCUUCCAUGGAUGAGCAGUGUCAGUGAGGGGAUUUGGGUCUUUCCCUCUCUAAUUUUAAUGAAGUUGACAUAUCACUAUUAUGCUCAUAAAAAUGAAGUGAGGAAAACAAGUAGUCCUGUUUGCUGCUAAAAAACCUUUUCAAUGGAAAAAUGAUAAAUAAAAGUGCUUUUUACUUUUUACGAUACUCAGAAAGUAGGGUGGAGAACUUCAAAAACUCCGUGGAGAUUAAAGAGGCUGUCUCUGCCAAUCACAGGUUUGGUUGGUGUCAUUUUGGGUCUGACUGGAACCCCUGGGGAACUGGUGUGUAACGUCACAAGCCCUGCGGAAGUCGUACAUGGUCAGAACUAUGCUUCGGUUUGAUUCUGAAAUAAAAACCGAAUCUCUGUCAUUUUAUCCACA